AUGAGGGAUAAGAGCGACCCCGAGCUGGCCUGGGCUCGGGUUCAGAAGAUAAAACUGCUUAUAAGGAAGCGUAUAAAAAUCACGACGAGAGCUGAUCUUCAUCGCCAAUUUGGAGCAGUUGCUUCUCUCGCGCAAGGAGACUUGCAGCCUUUGCGAAUGCCGACGAAAGAGCAAAAGGUUCAAUUCUCCGGGCCACCAUCAAGCGGUAUAUACAGUGACUCUUCUGAUUCAAGCUCUGAUCAGGAGUCAAUACAGCGUGUUACAGACGCCAUCGAUGACACUUUGGACAGGGUGCGCCUUAGGCUUGAUCGAAUGCUCAACAAUCUCAGGUCCCAAAAAAGUCCAGAAGAAGAUCUGGUGGCAAUAAAUAGAAUCUUGCACAACCUUCAUAUCAUUGGCAGUGAGGGCCAUUCACCUGUCGAUGACAUCAAAAAGCAUAAGUUUACAUCAGAGAAGUCGACGCAAGUGUGUCCCGCUCGGAUGAGCGUCAGUACACACUGUGAUUUUCCGAGUAACUCCGUAAUUAAACCGACAAAGGUGGCGCUCAAGAACUCGGCCAAGCUUGUAAAGAAGGAAGCGAUUAACCUCUCUCGGUCUGCUUCAACGAAAAUAUCGCGCGCUUCUACACCAGCGAGCUUCACGAGAAGUGCGACACCCUCCGGAAGCAAUCCGAGUGAAGAUAGCAAAAGCCGAUCAAGCUUCCGUGGAGAUUCAAAAAAGCUGCUAAAAGGAGUCAAGAGCUUCACUAAGUCGGUGUACAAAGAUGCCAAAACCAAAUUUCAAUGA